UCCAGCAAUGCAGAAGCGCUUGAUCCAAAUACUCGGCUUCUUGGUCUCCUCAUUGGGAUGGCUGUUUGUGCUGUGCACCUUGGCGAUGGACUACUGGAGGACCAGCCAAUUAGGAGGGCAAGGUGGUUCUAACGUUAUCAAGGUGGCCUGGUACUGGUCCAACCUGUGGAAGGACUGCUACACUGAUUCUACAGCAGUCACCAACUGCAGGGAUUACCCGGUCCUCUGGAACGUCAGCUAUUACGUCCAGGCCGUGAGAGGACUGCUAAUGUGCGGGUUGUCUCUUGGGUUCUGCGCCGUGCUCUGCUGUUUCAUUGGGAUGGACUGCACUUACCUAGGAGGAACAGAUCAAAUCAAAGACAAGCUGGUCUUUUCUGGAGCGGUGUUACAUUUUGUUGGAUGCAUAUCGGACCUUUCUGCUUACUGCUUAUACAUCAACAGGAUUGUCAGAACUGCUUUGGCUGCCAGGGUUGGACCAGGAGUCCUACGAUAUUACUUAGGGCCUCCAAUAUUUCUAGGAUUGGUGGGAUGUUUUUUGGUCCUGUUUGGAGCUGUCCUGUAUGCUGUGACAGUUCUCAGAAUAAUCUUCCCUGGAAGGACAGCAGCACAGGUCAACAACGGAGGGACAUUCAUGCCUCCUGCACCCACAGAAUUCACCGGAUACUACGCCCCCUCCAGACUAAAUGGCUCUUAUGUGGGCUCGGGGCGCCCAAACAGCAAGAUCUCAAGGCUUUCCCAGAAAACCCCGGCAAAAAUCUCCGAGAGAGAUGCGUUUGUGUAGGGUCAAGCUUCUGUCACAAAGAAAUUCUACAAGACUGUGGGAAACUAUUGGGUGUAAGAUGGAUAUUGAAUUAAAUACAGUAGUUUUACAUUAAAACAACUGUUAUUUCACUCACUCUCCAAAAUAAAAUAAUUAAAUAAAAAUCUUGUUGAUGAUUGUAUUUGCAACAAAAUGUGGUUAAACGUCUUUUAGAAGAUGUGAAGAAGUUCAUCACUUUGGGGAUUGAACCAAUUAAACAAAUUAAAUUUUGGGGAUUAAGGAUGUACAAGUAACAACUAUUCCGAGAAGAAAACGCACAUAGGAAGCAGAUCCCAUAACCUUACUAGAACCUCACUUGGCUCAGAACCCAAGCCUAUCGAGGACUCCAAAUGUAUGGAUGCCUGAAAAAUAGAAAUUUCCAUCUGGAAUUUUUUUCUUUGAGAAAUUCUACAUCUUUAACGAUUAUUUGAAGAUUAUACUGAGAUCAUUAUAUAACUCUUUAUUUUUAUAAUUGCUUUUAUGAGUUCUGACAAAAAUUUAUUUCCCUCUGGGAUUAAUAAAGUAUUUUUGAACUUGA